AGAGGCUGCGUUGCUCUGGGAAAAGUCAAACCAGUUCUGCACCAUGGGGAAGAAGCAGCCAAGGGCAGCAGUAGCUGCUCCGAACUGUGAGCUAAAAUCCUAUUCUAAGAGCACAGACCCUCCGGUAUCUACCAUGGUGUUGGACCCUGAAGAAAAGAUGCCAGACGAUGGUGCUUCUGGGGACCAUGGAGACUCUGCCAGCCUUGGCGCCAUCAACCCUGCCUACAGCAACUCUUCCCUCCCACACUCCACCGGGGACUCUGAGGAACCUUUCACCACCUACUUUGACGAGAAAAUCCCCAUUCCUGAGGAGGAGCACUCUUGUUUUAGCUUCCGUAAACUCUGGGCAUUCACGGGGCCUGGCUUUCUUAUGAGCAUUGCCUACCUGGAUCCAGGAAACAUUGAAUCUGAUUUGCAGUCUGGUGCAGUGGCUGGAUUUAAGUUGCUCUGGGUGCUCCUGUUGGCCACCAUCGUGGGGCUGCUGCUCCAGCGCCUUGCAGCGAGACUUGGAGUGGUCACCGGCUUGCAUCUUGCUGAAGUUUGCCACCGUCAGUAUCCCAAGGUCCCACGGAUCAUCCUGUGGCUGAUGGUGGAGUUGGCAAUCAUUGGUUCUGAUAUGCAGGAAGUCAUUGGCUCAGCCAUUGCCAUCAAUCUCCUGUCUGCAGGAAGGGUUCCCUUAUGGGGUGGAGUUCUCAUCACCAUCGCAGAUACUUUUGUAUUUCUCUUUUUGGACAAAUAUGGCUUGCGGAAGCUGGAAGCAUUUUUUGGCUUUCUCAUCACUAUCAUGGCCCUCACGUUUGGAUAUGAGUAUAUUACAGUGAAGCCCAGCCAAAGCCAAGUUCUCAGGGGCAUGUUCGUGCCGUCCUGUUCAGGCUGCCGCACCCCUCAGGUGGAGCAGGCCGUGGGCAUCGUGGGAGCCGUGAUCAUGCCGCACAACAUGUACCUGCACUCUGCCUUGGUCAAGUCUAGGCAGGUGAACCGGGCCAAUAAGCAGGAAGUACGAGAGGCCAACAAGUACUUCUUCAUCGAGUCCUGCAUCGCACUCUUUGUCUCCUUUAUCAUCAACGUCUUUGUCGUUUCUGUCUUUGCUGAAGCAUUUUUUGAGAAAACCAAUGAGCAGGUGGUUGAUGUCUGCAGAAACAACAGCAGCCCCCAUGCUGACCUCUUUCCCAGUGACAACUCUACCCUGGCCGUGGAUAUCUACAAAGGGGGUGUUGUGCUUGGAUGUUACUUCGGGCCUGCGGCUCUCUACAUCUGGGCGGUGGGGAUCCUGGCUGCCGGUCAGAGCUCCACCAUGACUGGAACCUAUUCUGGCCAGUUUGUCAUGGAGGGAUUCCUGAACCUAAAAUGGUCGCGCUUUGCCCGAGUGAUCCUGACUCGGUCUAUCGCCAUCAUUCCCACCCUGCUCGUCGCCGUCUUCCAAGACGUGGAACAUCUGACAGGGAUGAACGAUUUCCUGAAUGUUCUGCAGAGCUUGCAGCUCCCCUUUGCUCUCAUACCCAUCCUCACAUUCACAAGCCUUCGGCCGGUGAUGAGUGAGUUUUCCAAUGGAAUAGGCUGGAGGAUCGCAGGUGGCAUCUUGGUCCUGAUCGUCUGCUCCAUCAACAUGUACUUUGUAGUGGUUUAUGUCCAGGAGCUAGGGCACGUGGCACUGUACGUGGUGGCUGCAGUGGUUAGCGUGGCUUAUCUGACCUUUGUGUUCUACUUGGGUUGGCAGUGUCUGAUUGCAUUGGGCAUGUCUUUCCUGGACUGUGGACGCUCGGUAAGCAUCUCUAAAGCCCUGCUGAGCGAAGACAAGAGCGGUGGCAAUACUAAGUAAACACUGGAUCAGUCUGUCUGUCUUUGCAGGGAGCCAUCAGAGCCAGUGUGUUUCUAUGGUUUACUGUGUGAACAUAGCCACAAGUAUGUGCUGUUGCACAGACUGCAUUUACGACUCAACUGUUAGUUGGGAAACACUGUUUUAUGUGUGUGUGUUGAGGUCUUUGUUUCCUUUUGUUUUUGUGAAAUAGCAUCUUGCUAUUAAAUACUAGGUUGCCUAAAACUCACUAUGUAGCCUAGGCUGCCCUCAAACUUACAACAAUCCUCCUGGCUCAACCUCCUGAGUGCUGGAAUUCCAUGCCUGUCUGCCACUCCUGGCUUUCGUGCUUACUAGAUGAUUAGUUUUGGUGGGCGGGAGGGUCCUACCCUGUAGCAGUAGGCAGCACUACAAGGGAGGGUGAAAAAGUGACCCUCCCUUGGGCUAUUGUAAACACUAAGUUCCUAAGUAGCUGCCCAAGGGCAGUAGCUUGUUUUUAGUCAAGAGAAGCCCAGCCAGACUGUCACCUUCUGUUUGCAUUACAGACUUAGAGACAGCUACCUUUGAAUUCAGGGCUUUUGUUUGUUUGGUGCAUUUUGUUUGUUUUUCAAGAGUUUCUUCCUGGCUGUCCUGGAACUCAC